CAGCGCAGGGCGUACUGCAGAGGUGAACGCUUCUCCACUUAGGAAAAUGCUGAUGAGCAGCUGUGGAUUUCCAAAACUUUUUAUCCCAACACUUUUUUCUUCACUUUAAAUAAUCAGACAGCUGCUUGGGGCACCUCAAACUUCCUCAGAUAUUAAGAUGAGCGCGGACACGGUGGAGCAGUCGGAGGCUUCAGCUGAACAGACAGAGCGAAACGGAAUCGACUUCAUUCGACAAAUAAAGACAGAGGACAUCAACGACUCCCCUCAUUCAGUUGCUGCACUGAAGACAUGUCACCUGACGCAGAGCUCUCCGGUGCAUGGGGGGCAGCUGACUGGGGAGCUCACCUCUCUCCACACCAUGCAGCAACUGGUUCUGAUGCCACCCUCUCACCUGCCGUCUCCGUCGCCCUUCCUGUUGUCCCAGAGUCCCUCCAGUCACCAAGCCCUUCUGCAGCAGAACCUGAUGUCCCUUCCCGGUCAAGGUCAAACGAGUCUUCUUCAGCAUCAACCUGGACUCGCUCUGACUCCACAGGCUAUGGGUCGCUCUGGCCUGGGAGGACCUUCCAUGGAGAGCCACAUGGACAUGUCCCACCUGCAGAUGCCCAAACACAUGUCGGUGCCGCCGCAGGAAGAACCCAGUGAUCUGGAGGAACUGGAGCAGUUUGCCAAAGCUUUCAAACAAAGACGCAUCAAACUGGGUUUCACUCAGGGAGAUGUGGGCCUCGCCAUGGGAAAACUGUACGGGAAUGAUUUCAGCCAGACCACGAUCUCCCGAUUCGAGGCUCUUAACCUCAGCUUCAAAAACAUGUGCAAACUCAAACCUCUGCUGGAGAAAUGGCUGAGCGAUGCAGAAAACUCACCGUCUGACUCGAUGAGCAACACUUCAUCCCUUCCUCCCCUGAUGGAGGGCUACGGGCGCAAAAGAAAAAAGAGAACAAGCAUUGAAACAAACAUUAAACUGACCCUGGAGAAACGUUUCCUUGAUAACCCCAAGCCCAACUCCGAGGAGAUAACCCUGAUCUCCGAGCAGCUAUCCAUGGAGAAGGAGGUGGUUCGGGUUUGGUUCUGUAAUCGCCGUCAGAAGGAGAAGAGGAUCUACUGCCCGACAAGUAUACCGGUCAAAACUUACAACUCCAGAAUGGCCUCAGCAUCCAGGUCCUACAGCCCUCUGGCUUCAGGCGGAGUUUCAUCCAAUUCAUCCCCAAACAGCGUGAGCCGUGAAGCUUCACCCAACGGUUUGUCUGCAGCCUCCGUCUCUCUAACGUCUCAGGCCAACCCAGCUUCCUACAGCUCACCAGGGUCCUGGUACCGGGCGUGGAACCCAGCAGCAUACCAUCACUGAGAAACUUGAACUGUAUCACGUCAGGCUUUUUGAAGAUUGUUUUGUUUGUGAAGUAUGUACACAUGAAGACAGAGAGAGAUGACACGACACCCCUGCCGCGAUCAGGGUCACCACUACAGGCUAAAACUCAGACGGACACAUGAGGCCAAACAGCAGCACAAGCAGAGGACUGCGCCGACGCCCCACACUGCUCACACUUCCACUCGAUUCAUCGCUCACGCCGCCUCCAGCUGUUUGCUUUGGGUUCAUGUGACUUUUUAUUCUGCUGCAAAGAUGAAGAACACACAGAAAAAAACUCACGCACCAGCCUAAAUGCUUUCAGAUUUAACUGCCAGUAAUUUAUUUGAAUGUUGAAGGAUUCAGGUCCAGAUUGUGCCAAAGCUGUUCUUUAUUCCACCUUCACACUGGGCUGCAAACACCUCAGUUGUUGCUGUUAUUUUUAUGUAUUUAUGUUCAGAUUUAGUUAGAGAUGUGUUUGACGCAGUCUUACUUUGCAUACAGGUGGCUUGCAUAGUCAAAACAGGAGGAAUUGGGGACUUGGGCGAAUUCAUUUCAAAAUAAGAUCAAUGUGGCUCUUAUUUUCAUCACAUAAUCAAUUAGGUUACACUGUACUGAAAUCUAAAGACAUUCUUAAAAUAAUGGCAAAAAAGAAACAUGAUCAUAAUCAAAAACAGUCUGAAAAUUCAGGUGGAUGUUUACAGUGGCUAAUUUUCUCUUCCGGUUAAGUUUGUCUGAACUGGAGUUCUGUUUACAACCUGUUGAUAUUACACUAUGUCCCCUCAGCAAUUUAAUUUUAUUACAGUGAGAAUGAUGGAUAAAUGUCUAGAAACAAUACACAGCCUAUAAAUAUUUGAAACUCUUUAACCUCCUGAGACCUGAGCUUUUGUUGUUGUUGUUGUUGGUAUGCAUGUUUAAUUUUUCCAUUUCUCUUUAUUUGCAAUGAGUAGCACCUAAGAAAUAAAAAAAAAACUAAACAUCAUCUUUGAACAAUGUGUCCUCAUUUGUGGACACAGGGAUUAUUUUAUUCAAUAUUAUAAUAAGGUCACAAUAUGAAACUGUUAAACAUGUUCAGACGUUUUUCAUGUCUGAACAAGCAGAAUUGCAAAUAAUGAAUCCCCAAUGUCCUCAAUCAAGUACUUGCUAAUUAGUGAAGUUAUAGUUUUAAAACUCUCUUUUCAUAUUAAACUAGAAAAGUUAAUAAACAUAAUAAAUAUGUUUCAACUGAAAAUUUGAUGAGUUUUUGUACCUUGUCCACUUUUGUUAAGUGAUCGGCUGCAGGAUGAAUGCAUGUUUUUACACCAACUAGUAUCUAGUUAUGAGCAUAAAAGUCUAAAUGAAGCAGAAGAAGCUGCCACAAGCCUAAAACUUAACGUCCCCAUAUGAGGACGCAGGGUCUCAGGAGGUUAAAGGGUGUGAACGACCCGUUUUUAGUGACGUAGCACAGAGCGAUGCUUGUCCUUGAUCUGAUUGUUGCUGAUUUUAGUCAUAAAUAUAUAGACUUAUUUAAAUUUCCACGUUUUCCUGGCCUUUAAACAAAUCACCAGUAAAUCUUUUCCUCAGUUCAUGUGUUUAGUGCUCUGUAUAUUUCCAACUAACAAGUUCGUCCGACAUGUUUGGACGUAGCAUAGUAACUGUUUAACAGCCUUUACACCGCCCCAGGCCGCGUAUCCGACUGCCUCUCUACGAGAACAUCUGAAUCUUUUGUGUGACUUAUUUCCUUGUCCUUCCUUAUCUGUGUAAACACCAGCCUCCUGGCUUUGACAUGGUGAAUACGGACACACAUACUGGGGCUCUGCACAUAUAUAAUAGCUGUGUGAAGAGCGGUUUACUCCCAAACAGUAGAGGAGCAACAGGACAUGUACUGUGAACUGAAUGUGAAGGUCCGAACUUCUGCAGCUUGAGUCUGAAAGUGACAGAGGUCCAACUUUAUUUGACUGCCUCUUCUGUGGCAACGUCACGGACUAAAGGGGGAGGCUUUCAUGGCCAUUUUAAUCUUUCAGUGUGCAUGAACUUGGGAAAUGGACGAGACAAACCAUAAGUCAGGAAACUUUGCAGUCCCGAUCAGUCUCUGCAUAAAGUGAAAAUCAAACAUUUAAAAUAAACAACAACAAAAACUCAAACUCCAUCUUCUAGUUCAUCUCCUGUGUGGAUGAGUGAUGGUGUAAAUAACUGCAAGAUAAAUUUUCUACCUGUAGCUCAUGCAUGUGUUGCAUCAAAAGCUCUCAGUCGCUGCAGAUUAAAUCAAAUGUAUAGUUUUACUUAAAAAAUAAUAAUAAUAAAAAAAAAACUCCAGCCAUUGUAGCUUUAACCAGACUUUUCUCAAAUGGGAGUAAACUGUGCAGGUCGUGGGGACUAUUUUUAGCUGUGGAUGGAUACACACUUAUUAGUACUUCCCCACAGAUUUUGAGCAAAGUCUUUUAAACUUUGUUAUUUUCAUUGAAUUUCAUUGAUAUUGGAAAAUAUAGAGACCCCAAACUCUUCUUCUAGACGUGGAGACGGAGAAAAUGUGAGCAUGUGCUGAUCUCUGCUGGUGGGAGUCAAUAAUUGUAUUUACCUGUUACAAUUGUUUGUUUUAAUUUUCUGCUCUAGGCUGCUGUGUUUAACAAUUUCUCUGAGUCUUACUUCAUUUCUAUUUUAAGUGCCUAUUGUAUAUUUUAUUUUAUUUUAUUUUAUUUUAUUUUAUUUUAUUUUAUUUUAUUUUAUUUUAUUUUAUUGUCAGGAAAUGUUUUGCAGUGGUUCAAAACUCUGGAUUUAAUUAAUCAAAUAAUAAUAAUUAUGUUGUAUAUUUGUUAAGGUAGGUUCUUUUUGAAAUAAAGAGUAAAAUGGUGUUUAAGCUGAUGUAACUGAAGCUACUGGAGUAAAGUUUAAAAGUGGAAGCA